UUCCAACACUAACUCUCUUUGCCAAAACUUUUUGGCAACGAUAAAAAAUCAUAUUACCUAACCAUGCCACGCGUUGUCGCGGAAAACGUUGUCGAUAAUCUAGGAUUUUACGACCAACGGGGACAAGUCGCGUCUUCUCCGUCUCUUGGAGAGCUUCUCAAGUAUGUCGGCGACAUACGAAAGGGAGCUAACGGAGAAGAAACCCCAGCUCAUCGUGUGUUAGAAAUGAGCGAAACUAGCAACGAAAAUGAACCAAAAGCUUUGCCGUUUGUUUUGAAGUUUACUAAUUUGACAUAUAGUGUCAAGGUUCGAAAGAAGAUAGCUGUCCCGGUUCCGGCUUUAUUUGGAAGUGGCUCAGAAGGAAAUGCAAAUGAACAACAAACGUAUACGAAUACUAAGGUUUUGUUGAAUGAUAUCUCUGGUGAAGCAAGAGAUGGCGAGUUGGUUGCGGUUUUAGGGGCGAGUGGCUCCGGGAAGUCGACUUUGAUCGAUGCUUUGGCUAACCGGAUAGCGAAAGGAAGCUUAAAAGGGACGGUUACAUUAAACGGUGAGCAACUCGAGUCGAGGUUGCUUAAGGUGAUUUCAGCUUAUGUUAUGCAAGAUGACCUUUUGUUUCCUAUGUUAACUGUUGAAGAAACUUUAAUGUUUGCUGCUGAGUUUCGUCUUCCUCGGUCAUUCUCUAAGUCGAAAAAGAAGCUUAGAGUUCAAGCUUUGAUUGAUCAGUUAGGUCUUCGUAACGCGGCUAAGACGGUUAUUGGAGAUGAAGGACAUAGAGGAGUUUCGGGUGGUGAACGACGUCGUGUGUCUAUUGGAAUAGACAUUAUUCAUGACCCGAUUAUUUUGUUUUUGGACGAGCCGACGUCUGGGCUUGACUCGACUAGUGCGUAUAUGGUGGUGAAAGUUUUGCAAAGGAUUGCGCAGAGCGGUAGCAUCGUGAUGAUGUCUGUGCAUCAACCGAGCUACCGUCUGCUUGGGUUGCUAGACAGGCUUUUGUUUUUGUCCCGUGGACAGCCAGUGUAUAAUGGCUCUCCACGGGACCUACCUUUGUUUUUCUCUGACUUUGGACAUCCGAUUCCAGAUAAGGAGAACCGUACAGAGUUUGCUCUUGAUUUAAUUAGAGAACUCGAAGGUUCUCCUGGUGGAACCAGACGUCUUGUCGAGUUCAACAAAGCCUGGCAAAACAUGAAAAGAUCUCGCAACGAGCAAACCACCGGCGACGAAACCCCUACACACGGGCUAACACUUAAAGAAGCAAUCAGUGCAAGCAUAUCAAGAGGCAAACUAGUCUCGGGUGCUGGAGCCAACAACGGUACUAAUCCGACCUCCAUGGUCCCAACAUUCGCUAACCCAAUGUGGAUGGAAAUGGCUGUUUUAUCAAAAAGGUCAUUCACAAAUUCACGAAGAAUGCCAGAGCUAUUUGGUAUCAGAUUAGCCGCGGUUACUGUCACUGGUUUCAUCCUUGCUACCGUGUUUUGGAACCUCGAUAGCUCUCCAAGAGGCGUCCAAGAACGAUUAGGCUUCUUCGCCUUUGCAAUGUCUACAACAUUCUACACUUGUGCAGACGCCUUGCCAGUUUUCCUCCAAGAACGUUACAUUUUCAUGAGAGAAACCGCUUACAAUGCUUAUAGACGGUCAUCCUACGUACUUUCACACUCCCUCGUAGCGAUCCCUUCUCUCAUUUUCCUCUCACUUGCAUUCGCCGCUAUCACAUUUUGGGCAGUUGGACUCGCUGGAGGUGUUUCCGGGUUCAUAUUCUACUUUUUUGUUAUCCUAGCAUCAUUUUGGGCCGGAAGUUCAUUCGUUACAUUUCUCUCUGGCAUCGUCCCACACGUUAUGCUUGGUUACACUAUAGUCGUCGCGAUCCUUGCUUAUUUCCUUCUAUUUAGUGGAUUUUUCAUCACUCGUGAUCGAAUCCCUGGAUACUGGAUUUGGUUUCACUACUUAUCUCUAGUCAAGUACCCGUACGAAGCUGUUCUACAAAACGAAUUCGACGAUCCCAUCAAAUGCUUUAUCCGUGGAACACAAAUAUUUGACAACAGCCCUUUAGCCGUAGUUGACAACAAUGUUAAAGCCAGACUAUUGCAAAGCAUGAGCCGAUCGUUAGGGAUUAACAUCAGCAGCACGACGUGCUUAACCACCGGUGUCGAUAUCUUGAAGCAACAAGGAAUCACUGAUCUAAGCAAAUGGGGCUGCUUGUGGGUGACUGUGGCUUGGGGGUUCUUCUUUAGGAUCCUGUUCUAUUUCUGUUUGUUGCUUGGAAGCAAAAAUAAAAGGAGGUAAUAUGUAAAAGAUAAGACUUGGUGUACUUGUAUGUAACUUUUUGACUUUUCUCUUU